UAGAGAGUGAUAUUUGGUUUGACUCAUCCAAUACCACAGCUAGCAUUUUAAAGCAAGGCUGCAAACACUCUGGAAAUCCCACCAGGACAUGGUCAAAGAAACAGAGUUAGAGUGCUGAAUGACUGUAUGUAUCAGACUCGUCAAGCAGUUCUGUGGGCUGUGGAAGAGCCAGCAACAGUGUUGUCAGAUGGGAAUUGACUAAUUAUUCUUCUACUGGCUAAUGCAAAGUGAUAAAGUGGCUUUUUGAAGCACUUUCACCAUAUCAGGACAUCAUUCCUUAAAUCAAAAUAAUACCAAUAUACUGGAAGUACCAAUGUUGCCCAUGUACACAAAAUAAAAAUAAGUGCAAAGCCACGUUAAAAUUUCCAUUCGCUAAUUUUAAAAAUAUAUUUUUAUUCACAAGUAAGUUUCUAGAUUUAAAGAAUUUGUAAGGUGUGAAUGUGACACCAUGCAGCAUAUACACACAUAUAUCAGAGCAGCAGACGGCUCUCCUGUGUCACCAAUUGUUAAUUCAUUACAGUACUGCACUCAGGAGGUGUCAGUAUCCUCCUGCAUGAUCAUGUAAGAUCACUGUUCAGGAGUCAAGUUACAUGUUGGAAUACAUACAGUAUAUACCAAUCGAGAACAUAAAUGUGUGUGUGUUUCUGUGUGUGUGCCCGUUUGUGCAUGCAUGUACGAUUAGGGAGGGGGAGUGCCGCACCCAGUAGGAUAAGGAGACGAGUAAACAAAUGCAGCGUUCUCUUCAUCACACAGUCUGUGGCAACGUUUACUCAUGAUCUCCACUACGUGCAGCACGGUAGAGAUGGUGACACAGGGCAAACUCGAGAUCAGCACCUCGGAGAACAUUGAAGAUAAAAACUCAGGAAAACUGGGAUGCUGCGGCUGGCUGCUGGUCAUUAUAUCAGUUUUGCUUCUUUUCUGCACGUUCCCGUUGUCAUUAUUCAUGUGUUUUAAGAUAGUACAAGAGUACGAACGAGCUGUCAUUUUUAGACUCGGCAGGAUCGUAGACAGGAAGCCAAAAGGACCAGGACUUUUCUUUGUCCUGCCAUGCACAGAUGUUCUUGCUAAAGUUGAUCUCAGGACCAUAUCCUUUGAUAUCCCUCCACAAGAGAUCCUGACCAAAGACUCAGUUACUGUGUCUGUGGAUGCUGUCGUCUUCUUCCGCAUAUACUGCCCGAUAUCAGCUGUGGUCAAUGUGUCCAACGCUCCUAAUUCUACACGCCUGCUGGCCCAAACUACUCUGAGGAAUGUACUUGGUACCAAAAACCUGGCAGAACUGCUCUCUGACAGAGAGGGAAUCUCUCUAAGUAUGCAGGAAUCUCUGGAUGAUGCCACUGAUCCAUGGGGAAUCAAGGUGGAGCGUGUGGAGAUCAAGGAUGUGAAGUUGCCGCAGCAGCUGCAGAGGGCCAUGGCAGCAGAGGCAGAGGCCAGCCGAGAGGCCAGGGCAAAGGUUAUAGCAGCAGAGGGGGAGAUGAAUGCGUCUCGGGCUCUGAAAGAAGCCUCUCUGGUAAUUGCUGAGUCUCCCUCUGCUCUGCAGCUGAGAUACCUGCAGACGCUCAACAGCAUCGCAGCAGAGAAGAACUCCACCAUCAUCUUCCCUCUGCCGUUAGACAUGAUGCAGGCCUUCAUGCCCAGAAAGUGACACCGUGG